AUAUUCUAAUAUCGAUGGCAUCAAAGACUGUUAUUGAAGAUGUAUUUGAACAAACAGUCACUAUUUCUUCAGAUUUAAUUCAUUUUGAAUCUCAAGAAACAUUGCCAAUCGAUAAAUCUGAGAGAAUAAUUCUUUUGCAACGUGAGAUUUCCACAAUAAGAGAAUUAUUGGAAUUAGAACCGGAUAGUAAAUGGUGUUUGCAAACUUUGGCAAAUCUUUUACGUGAAUUUAAAUACAUUGAUAAUUCAAAAGAAGUUAGGAAUGUUGAAGAAGUUGAUGAAAUUGUUGCAAUAUAUGAUAAAUUAAUAAUUAUUGAUGAAAUGCGUGUUAAACGAUUUGAAGAUUUAC